AUGGUCACCGUGCGUAGGUUCCGGCCAGAAGAUCUCAACAAACUGGCAAAAUGCAACCUGGACCCGUUCACGGAGACAUAUGAGCUGGGCUUCUACCUCCAGUAUUAUGCAAAAUGGCCGUCGCUGUUCCAGGUCGCUGAGGACCAGCAUGGCAAUAUCAUUGGCUACAUCAUGGGCAAGCUCGAAUCCUCUCCGGACGUCUACCGUUUCUCUCCCCACUAUCUCCCAUGGCAUGCCCAUAUCACAGCUGUCACAGUCGCUCCCGAGGCCCGCAGAAUGGGCAUUGGCCGUCUGCUGACUGAGCAACUCGAGGCCGCCGCAGAUGCCGCCGAUGCCUGGUUCGUCGACCUGUUUGUGCGCACUACCAACCAUAAGGCCAUCGCCUUCUACAAGAGCAUGGGCUACAGCGUGUACCGUGUCGUUAAAGACUACUAUGGCGACCACUCCGCGGACCCUUCACGUUCGUCGGAGGAUGCGUACGAUAUGCGUAAACCGAUGAAGCGCGAUGUUAAGCGGGAGCAUAUUCGCGAGGACGGCGAGAAGCACGAGGUCGAUCCGAGUGUUGUUUGCCUCGCAGCCAACACCUUUCGUCUCGCCAUCGACAUCUGCGAGUACACCCUCAUUGACAUGUGGCUCGACGUUAUCUAUGGCACCCUCGAUAUCACCGAUUUGCUUCACCUCACUUGCACCGAGCAGCACUUCCUGUGA